UUGAACUACUGGAUAUGCAUUCAUAGAUUGGUUUUUGCCAAGGAAGUUGUCUAGUCGAUUGAAUUAGAAAACGCAAUAUGCAUUCAGAAUUGUUUGUUGUAAGUUUGUUCAUGCCGAUGAUACUGGCACAAAUACCUGUAUUAAAAUGUCCUAAUGUAAAAGUCCAACAACAUUUUGAUUUGGCAGCCUAUUUAGGUAAAUGGUACGAACAAGAAAAGUAUCCUUUAAUAUUCGAAAUAGGUGGCAAAUGCAUUACAGCUGACUACUCGAAAAGAAGUGAUGGUAAAGUUGAAGUUUUCAACCAGAUGAAAAAUAUUUUAACCAAUUCAGUAUCCUCAAUUAAGGGAACAGCUGAAUUAGCAUCAAAAAAAGGGGAAGCAAAACUAUCAGUCACUUUCAAUACACCUGUAACAGUCACUUCGCCUUAUUGGGUACUAAGUACUGAUUAUAAAAACUACGCAGUAGUGUAUUCUUGCCAAACAGUAGUGGGUUUCUCUGCACACACUGCAUGGAUUCUUACUCGAGAUCAACACCCCUCCGAAGAUUUUAUCAAUAAGGCUCGACAAGUACUUAAAGAUAAUAAAAUUAACACUUCUUUCUUGUUCAAAACGGAUCAAAAGAAUUGUUAACUGUCAAAGAAUUACAUUUGUUAUUUUGUUGAUUAUUAAAUAUUAAGUUGUUUGUUUGUUUAAUAUAUACACAAGUAGGUUGUGUAAACAUG